AUGGGUCAAGAUUUUCUGCAGCUGAACCUCACCCCACCGUUGAUCCCCAUGUCCGAGGACUGCCUGUACCUCAACAUCUACUCGCCUGCACGUGCCCGUGAGGGCUCUGACCUGCCUGUGAUGGUGUGGAUCCAUGGUGGUGAGCUGACUAUGGGCAUGGCUCCCAUGUAUGACGGUUCUGUGCUGGCGGCAUUUGAGGACGUGGUGGUGGUCACCAUCCAGUACCGCCUGGGAGUCCUGGGCUUCUUCAGCACUGGAGACCAGCACGCCGCCGGCAACUGGGGCUACCUGGACCAAGUGGCCGCGCUGCGCUGGGUCCAGCAGCAUAACGCCCACUGUGGAGGCAACCCUGGCCGGGUCACCAUUUUUGGCGAGUCUGUGGGUGGCCUGAGUGUUCCAUGCAUGUGCUGUCACCCAUGUCCAAGGACUCUUCCACGGAGCCAUCCUGCAGAGUGGGGUGGUCCUGCUCCCCCGCUUCAUCACGAACUCGUCUGAUGUGAUCACAGUGAGUCCCCUGCACUGCAGAAGCCCCAACAGCUUCUCCAGGACCUGUGGCCUGUGACUUGAUGGGAGAGACAUGGGAGAAAGGUCGUGUGUGAGCAGGGCAUCGGGGAGGGAGGACUGAGGUUGGCAGGGAGAACCUGGAGAACCGACCUGCUGCCUCACCUCUUGUCUCUUAGCGCCUCUGUUACUCUGUCUAUUCACUGAGCCUAGUAAGGACCACUGGGAGCCUCAGAGCUGGCGCCUGCCUGGAAUUGUGAAGGGUGGGGGGGUCGGCAUUCACACGGCUCUGCAUCUGCGGUGAUUGAGUUUGCUUGUGCCCUGCCACGCUGUCACCCUGGGGACCUUCAGGGUGGGCACAACCAUCUAAGCAGCUGUGCUGGUCACCCUGACUGGUACCUGUGAAUUUAGGGGAGUUGGGGCAACAUCAAAACUGCACAAUCAGGGCCAGCGCUGGGGCUCAGUGGGUUGAAGCUGUGUCUUGCAGCCCCAGCAUCCCAUAUGGGUGCAGGUUCGAGUCCUGGCUGCUCCACUUCCUAUCCAGCUCCCUGCUAAUACGCCUGGAAAGCAGCAAGGGCCCAAGUCCUAGGGCCCCUCCAUCCAUGUAGGAGACGCAGAAGAAGCUCCUGGCCCAGUCCUGGCUAUUGCAGCCAUUUGUGUA